AUGGGAGUUUCACUAUCAACAGCCCGCUGGCUCGCACCUCUCUCCUUCGGAAUCGACUUCGCAGCACAACAAUAUGGAUUACUAUCUACACCAAGCAUGAAAGAUGUCCACGAUGCGAACCUCUCCUUCUGGUCUCCCCAGCCAUUCUUCAUCGGAGGAUUCUUCUUUCCGCAACAAUUGAUCCAGUUGGCAUGGUUAUAUCGCUUAUACAAGCUUGACCCAAGAAAAUCCGACAAGGACCGCAAGGAGGUGGAAACUAUCGUUGAUUUUGUACCGUAUUAUGCUGUCGGGAAUUUGUGCAUUGCUACAUGGAUGGUAUUCUGGAACUCCUCCAACCUCAAAACCUCCAACAUCUUCGUCGUAAUCAACUCCUUAACCCAACUCUACUACAUCUUCGCUCGCCAACCUCCUAUGAACACCAAAUCCACCUCCUCAGUCCUCACGCAUAUCGUCUCCAAAACCUUCGCCGGAAUCGGUGUUCUAGAUCUUUUACACAACGGCUCCGUCGCGUAUUUCAACCACGAAGGCCCAUCUAUGGCGGUCAAAGUCGUGACGGGUUUGAUCUUUGGAGGCCUGGCGAGCGGAAGCGAUUGGAUCUUUGGAGGGUGUUUGGUGUAUGAUCUUAUUGCGUUGACGGUGGGACAGAGGCAGAUUGGUCAGGCGGGGUGGAGUAAUCUGCUGGGUGUGUUUGCGGUCGCAACGGCGGGGAUUGUUACGGCGAAGAAUUGGAUUAGACCACCGUAUGUUAAGCAUGAUGUUGUUGGAUAUGAAGAGGUCACUUCUACUGAGGAUAUUCACCAAACGAUGAAGUUUCCCUUGCAUCUCCUCCUCCUAACCCUUACCAUCCUCAGUGCAUCCACAACCGUCACCUCCUCCAAACUCCCUCCUCCCAAACACCCCUCCAUCAAACUAUCAUCCCAAGACGCCCCCCAGUACGCCUCAGAAGAAUACCCCGCCGCCUGGAUCGGCCACAUUCUCUACCCUCCCCUCCCAACCGACAUCUUCACCUGGGUCUUCGGCUCCUUCGUCGUCCCCAACGUAACCGCCUUCCCUUACGGCGCCGACGGCCACAACCUCCUCUUCGCCUGGGUCGGUCUCGACAACGGUCCGCAGAUCGUGCAGGCGGGGAUUUAUUUCUCGAUUCACAAACGUGGCAAUGGAACGUCUGUUACUAGUGUUGGGUUCGCGGAGUGGCUGCCAGAUUUCGCGGAGAAGGAUGAUAACCAAGAGUUUCCGUUCGAGGUGGUUGAUCAAGUUACGGUGCUAGUACAAGUUGAGAGUCCCGUGACAGCGACAUGUACACUUGGGAAUGUUCGCACUGGAAAGCAGUGGGUGAAGACGAUUAAGGCACCGGAUGCGGGGAGCUGGGUUAGGGGAGCGCAGGUGGAGUGGGUUGUUGAGGAGCAGAUCCCGCCUGGGAUGCAAGUCGCGGAUUUCAAAAUGUUCAAGUGGUCGAAUUGUAGGGCGGGGAUUGCUGGUAGGAAGGGAUACGUGGAUUUGGAGAAUGCGAUGCCGCGGAAUGAUAGGGUUGGGGGGUCGAUUAGGACGGCUGUUGUUAAGAAGGGGAGGGGCGAGUUUGAUGUUGUGUUUAAGAAAUUGGGGUGCCUGUUGAUCCUAUUGGGGAGGUUGUUGGCGCUUUUGGAUAGGGAGGUGGGGGCUUGGUUGGAGUUUCUUCAAUGA